AUGGUCAUCCGAAAGUGCAAUAUUUGUGACCGCCGCUUCAAGAAGACGGAGCACUUCAAGCGCCAUGAACGGUCGCACACCAAGGAAAAACCUUACGAGUGUAGCGUCUGCCACAAGCGAUUUUCCCGCAGCGAUGUCCUGAGCCGCCACGCAAAAGGCCACAAUACAAAUGGCACCGCGGCCAACGGCAAUUCAACACAGAGCCAGCCGCGCGCUCCAUCAAUCGCCCAACCCUCCGCCAAUUCCCAGCCGACGCCCGCAUCCAUUGACCCUUCCCGCUUCCUUCCAAUGGAUGCUGCUGCCGAUACGCAGUCGCCGCAUAACCUCCCUGUCGCGCCGCGUGAUAUUUCGCUUUCCGGCCCUUCGAACAUCCCGCCUUCGUCGUUGGACUUCCUCGCAGAUAUCUCCGCACACCAUGGCCGGACCGAGCCGGAUGUCGGCUCCAUGAUGGUUGAAGAACAGCCGGCGUACUUUGGUUGGAAUGAGAUGGCCGCACCGUCAGCGCCCACGGGUAUGGCCCAUGCUACGACAGACCAACAGACAUACCGAACGCCAAUGUUUGAUGCAGUGCCGAACGACAUGCUGCAGUUCUGGUUGGAACCGCGCGGAGAUACGGGAUCGCAUCAUGGGUCACUUGAUAUGAUAGGCGACGCCAACUUCAGUUUAAUAGGAGACAACGUUGCCAUCACCCCGGAGCAGCAGGCCAGGCCUCAACCUGACGACCUCAGCGGCAAGUCUACCGGCGAUAUUCCGAAUGAGCGGUUUGCAAGAGUCCAGCGGUAUUGGCUGGCUCCGGCGAACACCACCGGGCGUCUCAUGAACAGUCUAUGGCGGGAUGUUGCCUGUAGCGACGUUGACAAUAUCUUCUCGAUGCAUUCUUCUCACUCGUUCAGUAGCCCGUCUGGGCUGCUUCCCGGGUCGCGAUACGGCCUAGACGAGGAAUGCCGCCACCAGCUGCAAGCUGCUUUCAGCAAUAUCAGGCUUGCCAGCGGUCAGUUACAAUCGCCAAAUAACGCGGUGUCGCCCACAUCCAAUCCAGCAUUUGGGGGGCGGCCUAGUUUCCCCCCGGCAGAGAUCCUGGACAUGGCGCUUGACUUGUACUUUCGCAACUUCCACCCUCUUGUUCCGUUUGUUCAUGUUCCGACGUUUUCUGCAAAGAAUACCCGUCUUCCGGUUUUAUAUGUAAUGUGUCUUAUUGGGAUGAUCAUGUUGGGUACAAAAGGGACAACGACGUUUGUUUCCAAAAAUUUCUCCUUUGUUCUGGAUAAAAUCACUGCAGACCUGGCUAGAUGCUCUGUUGGCGUUGAGAAUACUAUGGGCACCAUGAACACUUUUGCAGCAGCCUUUCUCUUCCUUAAUCUGGCCGCUAUGACUGGGGAAAAGGAGCAUCUCGAAAAGUCGCAGAUGCUAUAUGUCAACCUCAUGUCGAUUGCGCAACGACAUGGACUCUUCUCCGCUACGGAAGGCCAAAUCCUCGAUAUAACUCUCUUUGAAACGGUUCCCGAUAUUGACAUUAGGUGGAAGACUUGGAGCAAGGUUGAAUCGGUAAAACGGCUAAUCACUGGCCUCCUAUUGUUGGACUCUUGGUAUUCUUCUUUCUUGUCAACUAGCCCUAUUAUCGUUCCCGAUUCGAUCCAACUCAUUUUACCCUGCAAUGAAGGCCUCUUCCGGGCAAAUGGUUCAAUGCGAUGGAUACAGCUUGUCCGCAGCGGCAGACGUCUUCUGAUGCCAACUGUCAUGGCACCGUCAGAGAAUGUUACCGUGCCUGGGUUGGAUGGUCCCGUGGAUGAUUUCUGCAUCCACGGCGUAUUGGCGAUGGUCCAGCUCCGCUUAUCAGAAGCAUACCACCGCCUUUUAUCGAACAGAGCAAGCUACCCAUUUGCGCCCUGCCACACGUACGCCAUGGACGGGCGUGCCCGAUGUUUGCCCUCGCUUCAACUGCAGAUCGCAAAUAAAUAUGGAGAGGUCCUUGAACGCCUCAACCCUAAUGCUGCGAUCAUGUGGCACAAUAUAUGCAUGACACUAACAGCCGAUACUCAAAUAUUCGACUUGGCCGCCGGGCGUGCAGGUGCAGGGCCUGCCCGGAAAUCACUAGACGAUAUUGCAGCAUGGUCACAGACUCCAGCUGCCAGGAGGGCCUGCCUCCACGCAGCCCACAUCUACAAAGCCAUGACCAACCGAAAAGCGUCAGAUCACACCAUGUUUCACUCCGUCUUCUCCCUAUUCUCAGCUGCGCUCGUCCUUGGUCUGUACAUUUUCAUGGUGCCGAACCCUAGUGAAGUCCAAGUCGGUGGGACGUCAAUCGAACUCCUCGACGAUAUCGAUUGGGAGCGGGUCGGGACAGAGGGCUUCACCAGCUUUAUGGAGCCCCGUGGGAGUCAGUCCUUCACGCCGUCGGAUGACCCAGCAGUGAACUUCAUCCGCAAUGGAGGCACGGUCUAUUUCCGCGGCGUACCUUUCCAAGGAGGAUACCAGUCUGCGCGGCGGAUUCUUCUGGACUACGCGGGCUUAUUGAAAGAUGCAGGGAAAUGGAGUGUGCGCAAGUUCUCAUACGUACUUCAUAUCAUGAGCGAUGUUCUCAUGGAAGUUGAGUAA